AUGACUGAUAACAAUAUAACACAAAGUGCGAGUAACGACAUAUCAAAUACAAGUAUUUCCACAAACCUGUCGGUUUCCACUUCCGGAUCACAGGAGUCGGGACCAAGUGUGAUAGAUUACGUCAAUUACGUUUUUCUCCCAGCAACCGUUACCAUAGGCAUCACUGGAAAUAUCCUAACCAUUAUCGUAAUGAAAUCCAGACAAUUUUCCACCGUCCCCUCCUCAUACUUGCUGAUUUGUCUGGCUGUCUCAGACAGUGUUCUGCUUUUGACCCAGCCAUUAAACAAGGACUUUGUUAUUGAUUUGAUUGGUCAGGACAUAAGAGCGUUGCAUAACUCAACCUGCAAACUGUAUUUCAUCAUUCGAAGGGCAUCCAAGAUGACGUCAUCAUGGUUUGUCGUUGGUCUUUGUUUUGAGCGUUUUAUAGCGGUGUGGUUUCCCUUAAAAGCAAAGUUUUAUAUCACAAAACGUACACUGCUUGCCGGUAUUCUGGCUAUUUACGCUAUCAUUUUUGCCUUCACGGGUGCAUAUAGCUAUGCCUCGGAGAUCGUUAAAGGAAUAUGCCAACCAGAUGUGUAUGACGCAAAGGAUCCCGCUGCUAGACAAAGAUUUGGCGCCAUGCUUAGGACAGCGUCGAGCUUGUAUUCUAUUGUUCCUAUGAUAAUUUUGUUGACUCUGACCCCGCUUAUUAUUGCUAAACUGGUUCGCCACAACCAGAGAAGAAAAAUCAUGAAGCCUCAGAGUUCAACUGCACAGAGGAGUAAGGAUGAUCGCCGCGUCACGGCUAUGUUGAUUGGGAUCGUUCUUGCCUAUAUCAUAUUGGUGCUACCAAUCACAGUUCUUCAUAAUGCCGCAUACGAGCUCAAGAUCAGCGCAUUUGCCAGUAACGACGCUGGCUUUAAUCUCUUCAAAGAAAUUUCUCAAUUGUUGGAGCAGCUGAAUUAUGCGUUGAAUUUUUUCCUGUACGUGAUGACGUCACGGCAUUUUAGAAGCGUUCUGUGGGACAAACUCACUUCCAAACCAUUUCACUUUUCAGAAAUUGGUAACGAAAAACAGUGA